CAACCUCACAUCUCUAGCAUUUCCUCAAUGUAUUCUGCUCCUCCGUUUCCCAUCCUCGAACCUUUUGGUCUAGAACAUGAUUAUACAUAUUUUCAUCAGACCGCAGUACUGCUUUAGCACCAGAGGACAGGCACCUGCAAUGCUGUACAAUACAAAUGUUGAGCAAUCCUCCAGCGUGGUUAGGUGACCAGUGUCUAGGUCAUUGUAUAAAUUUGUGCGUUGUACUUUCUGCAGCUUCUGCUACUAGUAUCUCUUCGGCAUCUGAGCAACAGCAUCAUCACUCUCACCCAGGCUACAUGAGUCUGCCAUGGUCCGCCGCUCAUGCACAUCCACCAUUUUACCCUCAAGAUGCUCUGCAUGAGCUUGAGCAUUAUGCGUGUGACUGAUCUUGUUCGCUUCUGGGAGUGCAUGGAAAAAGUCUAUCCACUAUUUUUCUGCAUUGCUAUGGAUGUCCUGCC